AUGACCAUAGAGGAAGCGGCAUAUCAAACGUUUGCAGCAACAUCAGCAACCGAGGAAGAACAAAUGAUUGCCAAAUGGGGACAAUUUCCGGAUGGGACAAAGCCAUUCAAAGUCCCAAAGCGGAUUUGGCGAGCGCAAGUGAAAAACGUGUAUGAAGAACCGGAGGCGGACUUUGACAGUCCUGCAACCCACGAUUGGAUGUUCAAAGAACACGGAAAGACAGUAAUAAAAAAAGCAUCAGUGGAAAGGCGUACAGACAUUAUCGAAUGGAAUGCAGACAAACACUUGGAGGAACUCGUGUCACAGGUGCAAUACAGAGACUGCCGAGCAAAUGGCAGCCCAUAUUUGACGCAAUCUUGA